UCGAUCUCUUUCUCAACUGUAAAUAUCCAUUGGUGAGCAUGUAUUUCAUAUGUGAUAUCAGGAAAAUGUAAAUACAUUUCUAUGAAGAUAAUCAGGGUGUGUUUAUAUAUGCGAGUGAGGCUCACAGGCGAUAGCCAGGCCAACCGAUAGCAAUUUAUUCACAAAUAUACUAAUAAUGUCACCGGACGGAAAAUAUCGUCGGUUUUCAGUUGAUGACAACAACGAAAUAAAAGAAUGGAAUCCUUACAAUAUGAGGCCAAGUAACUCGUCAAAUUUUAAUGAAAGCAGGAAAUCAGGAUUCAUUUAUGAAGUCCAGCGACUUAUAAGAAAAAUUUAUGCAUUACACGUUUCCAUGCUUCAGUAUAUAUCGUGUUGUCCAUGGUUCCCAAAGCGAUAUUUUCUUGCUUUCCUGAGUGGAAUAGGAUUCUGCAUAACAUUUGGAAUGCGAUGCAAUCUUGGUGUGGCGAUGGUUAGGAUGUCCAAUAACUAUACAAAAUAUAGCGAAAACGGGACUAAAGUUAUAAUGCUUCCAGAAUUAAAUUGGAGUCCUGCAACUCAAGGAGUGGUACAUGGUGCAUUUUUCUGGGGAUACAUUGUUACUCAGAUACCUGCCGGAUAUCUCGCAUCUAGGCUUUCUCCUACCAGAAUGUUCGGGUGUGCAAUAUUUUCAACAUGUGUUCUCAACUUCCUACUUCCAAUCGCAGCAAGAACUCAUUGGUCAUUAUUUAUAUUCAUCCGGAUAAUGCAAGGAUUAGCUGAGGGCGUUCUAUAUCCCUCGUGUCACGGAAUAUGGAGCAAAUGGGCGCCACCUUUAGAAAGAUCUAGGCUUGCAACAAUAUCCUUCUCUGGUAGCUAUGCUGGCGCAGUUGUGGGAAUGCCUAUCGGUGGAUUACUUGUCGAUUAUGCGGAUUGGCCUUCUGUUUUCUACGUAUUCGGUGCUGCUGGCAUCAUUUGGUUUGUUGUUUGGGUAUUAACCGCCUUUGACAACCCAGGAGUGCAUCCAACAAUUUCAACUGACGAAGCAAAUUAUAUAAAAGAGUCAAUCGGCCAGCUUGACUCAGUUGCAAUACAAAAGUGGAAUGGAACUCCAUGGAAGAAGUUUUUUACAUCCAUGCCGGUUUGGGCUAUCAUUGUUGCUAAUUUUUGCAGAAGUUGGACAUUUUAUUUGUUGAUUAUAAGUCAACCAACCUACUUUGAACAAGUCUUCGGCUUUGACAUUUCACAGUUGGGGAUAUUGGCAGCUGUUCCACAUCUUGUUAUGACUAUAGUUGUGCCGGUCGGAGGAGUUAUCGCCGACUAUUUGAGAAAAAAUAAUAUUCUCACUACAACUACUGUUCGAAAAAUUAUGAAUUGUGGUGGAUUCGGACUGGAAGCCUUCUUCCUUCUCAUUGUCGGAUGCAGUCACGGACAGACCGUAGCAAUCGUGUGUUUAGUGUUCGCUGUCGGGUUCAGUGGAUUUGCAAUAUCAGGAUUCAACGUCAAUCAUCUCGAUAUUGCACCGAGGUAUGCUAGUAUUCUCAUGGGAAUAUCGAACGGAGCAGGUACUCUGUCAGGAAUGAUUUGUCCGCUUGUCGUCAGCGCCGUGACGAAAAAUAAGAGUAUAGACGAGUGGAAGAUUAUCUUUAUAAUCGCGUCGUGCAUUCAUUUUUCUGGAGUCAUAUUUUACGCCAUAUUUGCUUCCGGAGAACGACAGCCUUGGGCUGAUCCUCCUUCAGAGGAGCGUGGUAUUAUUGAGGGUGAUUACUUACAGCAAGCAUAUGGACUUCAUAAUGAAGAAUCCAAUGAAAGACAACAAUACGGUUGUUCAUCCUUUACUUCCGUCACAAAAAAGAAACUCAGAGUGAGUUCUUCCGAAUCUUUGUACGGUGAUGAUUACUCUUCUAAUGAGUCAAGAGAUUCAAGUUCAAAUCAUCCUAGUUCUGGAAAUGGAUACACAAUGACUAAACCUCCAAUAACGCGUUUGUCAUCAAAUGAACAGGAUAUAGAACAAGACAAUAUCACAAUAAAUAAAUCUAAUUCUAGAAAUAUAUCUGACACCGAACUUGAAAAAAAUACGAGUGACAACUCUCCCGAUCCAGAGAAUCCAUCCCAAUUUCCAGAUGAGAAAUUUUCCACUAAUCAUUUUCAAAACUCAUCUUGGAACUCGGAUGAUGCUGACGGUGAAUAACAUUUUCAAUAUUAAUGUCGGGAAUAUCAAAAAUAUCUUAGAAACAGUGACGUAUAAUCUAAAUUAUAUUUUAAACAAGUUUUCUUUGUAACCAAAAAUGUGUUAGAUGCAAAGAUAUAGAUGUAGUUUAUAUUACUAAGUUCUUGAUUUAACAAGAAAUCUCGAUAUAUUUCAUAGAUCAUAUAUUUCAUGAAUUGCGUGGUAUAAUGCUCUCUAAGCCUUUUAAUUUUAAAACAUUUCAGUAAUUCGUUCAGAGAAAUUUCUAAUUAGACAAAAAGUUAGAAUUUAAUUUCCUCUGGAUACCUUACUUCUUCACCCGAUAACGAAUAAUACACAAUUAUUAUUCUGUAGAAAAUUACUUAAAACUAUUUUGUGUUGCGGUUACGAUGUAUUUAUUACUAUUUCAAUGAAUGUAUCUUGCUCUGUUGUAUGUUCAAAUGCAUUAAUCAAUGAAUGAUGAAAGAGAGAGUUGGUAGUAACGACACAUAAGUUAGGAAGUGCUGCUAAAACGUCGACUGAAUAAGUACCUCAGAUGAUGUACUAAAUAAAAAUAAUUGAACUCACAUUGAACCGACUAAAGUAAUUUUAUAUAUUUACAAUACCGUUUUCUUAUUUUGGUGUUGGUGCACAUUUAGUUCAUAAAACAUUGACAUAUUUAUAUAUUAAACACUUUAUAAUUAUAA